AUCUCCCUGCUCUCCUCGGGCCAGCCUCCCGCGGUGCCCCGGGUCUCUUUCCCUGCGCGAGGAUUGUCUGCAGCCCAGCGACCGCUCCUUAAAUGUCUGGGCCGGACGGGUGGCGCCAUUGGGCCUCGGCGGGGCCCCGCCGGGUGGGGGACGGCUUCCUUCGCGAGAGCCGGAGCACCGGCCGGCCCGGGCUUGGAUUUGGUGAAGAAGCCCCACGAAGUGGGAUAUUCAAGAUUUACAUCCAAAAGUGAUGGAUGGGACUUGGAAUUCAAAAAGGAAUUUGAAGAAAAACCUCCCCUCUUAAUCAUACAUCAAUGGCUUCAACUGAUUCGUUGGUAAACAAUGAGACUGAUGACUCGGAUUCUAGCAGCAGCUUAUUCAAAACCCAGUGUGAUCCCAUCUCACCCAAGCGAAGACCAAGAAAUUUAUCUACCUCAAUUGUGAUACAGUCACCUGCAAAAACUCAAUUGAGAGAUGACUCAAGUGAGUCCUCUUCAGAACUGGAACCAUUUAAUUUGCGAGUUAUUUUUGAAAAUUGGAAGAAAAAAAAGAGAAGAAAGAGAAAAUACAAGCCAACAGGAAGGCCAAGGGGAAGGCCGAAAGGAAGCUUUAAAGCAAAGCAGUCUCUAAGAAUUAGACCCAAAAAGGACCUGUUCAGAGACAAGGGUUUCCAAUUCCCUUUAGUAGAAUCAGAGAAUGGAAGGAAACCAUUACUUUGGAAGAAAAUUUUAGGCUAUGAGCAAGCAGUUGCAAGAGGAUUUUUCAAUUAUAUUAAGGAAAAGAAAUGUGAAUCCCACCUUGGAGAAGCUUUGAAGCAGCUGGAUGUUGGUGAGGAUUUAGAAAAAGAUUUUGCUGUACGAAAAUAUAAAUAUUUAGAUGACGAUGGAUCUAUUUCUCCUAUAGAAGAACCCAAUGUGGAAGACAGUGAAUUGAAUGAGCCUGUUGAAUGUGAUAUUAAAUUAGUGGAGAACAGUUGUUUCAUAAUAAGUACUGAAUUCCCCAAGAAGGUGAAGACAAAGAUGAAAAAUAAAGUAUUAAAGAGUAAGAAUGACAUACGAGAAGAUAACAAAGAUGAUGAAAUUGAUUUGGCUACUAAAAAGAAAAAUUCCAUGGACAAACAGAAAAGAAAUGGAAUUUACAUUGAGGAACUCCAUGAUUAAAGCUAUGGGAAUUUUUCAGAUGAUUCCAGUUUGCUGCUUUUUUUGGAUAUUCUUUUAGUUCAUCUGCCAAAUGGGGAUUCACAAGAUGUGCAACAAGAAGCUGUUUUGGACCAGGGAUGUGUGAAUAUAAAAAGAUUAUUGUUGCCUCACUUCUGGGUUUUGACAUCUUAGUACAGACUAAUAAAAACUCAGGAAAAGUGGCUUUUCAAAGAGGGACCUGGAAACUUGUUUGGAUGGGGGAUUGGCAAUGUAACAUUUAUGGAAGACAAAGAUGGAAACAUCUAGUUAUUGACAUUACAAGUGUUCAGCUGUUCAACUACAAAGGAAUGAUAGGGGGAAAAGCCUAGCUAAAAGAUCAGCCUGACAAGUAUGCUGAAGCAAGCUAUGCUGUAAUUAAAACAAAACUUUUCAGAUGGAGAAUGAAGACAAGACAACAGAGGAAAAAGCAAGAGCCAUCAGAAAACGCUGUCCAUCAACCUAAAGUGGCAUCUGUUUCCAGGUUCUCUGGAGAAGCAAUUUUUAAAAAUACUGGCUUCCUGUUUUUGUAAUAAAAGUAAUAUAAAUUUCAA